AUGGUGCGCGACGUGCGCGGGCCGUCGCUCGCCCACAGCCCGAGUUUCGGUGUUCUACUUGAACGCAAAAGCCUUCCAAACGACUCUGUCGCCGGUCCAGGGCCGUCCUCUCGUCCCAUGUCUCGCAGCAAGGCUGGGUCGUCCUCCAAGGCGACCCCGCGCACCUCCACCAUGCCGUCGGGUCGUAAGCUCGCCAACCUCCUUUCGUCGGAGGCGAACGACACCCCCGUGGUGACGAAAGCAAGGCGCUAUCGCCAAUCCACCCCUACAAUGAUGCGAGCAGACGAGACCAUGUUGUAUGACAUCGCCCCGCCACCCGACAUGCCUUCCAGUUCACUGUUCGGUGAUGAGAGUGAUGACGACACGGCGACAAGCCCGCGCUCUGCCAAAGGCAAUGCUGUGAUGGGCAGGGGUAACCUGUUAACGCCUGUUAACAGCACACUGUUUACCGCACCACCUCCGCCAGCCCGUCUUUCGGCCUCUCGAUCUGCUCGCUUACCUUCCCCCGAGUCUAUGCCACAAGCUGUCAACCCUGCCAACCUGAAGGCAUCGCAGAGCCAGAAGCGCACGUCUACGCCCAAGCCCAGCAGUUCCCAAAGAUCUCGAGCUUCAAUUGCGCCUGCUGAUGCUCAAGGUUCGGCCGUGGCUACGCCUAUCGCAUCACAGUCCAAAUUAUCGCAGCCGCCAUCCGUUUCAUCCCGGCGACAACCGGCAACCCCCAAUGCGUCUCGUCAUGCGACACCACCGCGACCACUCGUUGCUGAAACGGCGUACUUCCGCCGUACGCUGACGCCGAUAGCGCGAAAGGCUCUGAAAGGGAAAGUGGUCGGCUGUAUGGAGAAGCCCAUUCACUUCGAGGGAGAGGACCCGCUGCUGCUGGAACCAGAACUGCGGCAUCGCAGUGGCAGUAUGACGCCAGGGAGUGUUGCGCGGACGAAGAGAACGCCAAAGACAGCUCCGGCCGGUCGAAAAUCGCGCACGAAGCUUAAAGCGCCGCCGGCGACUUCGGUCGCUCAGCGAUUAUUUGUACGGCCAGACGAGGACAGCGCUCCAAAUGCUGAAUCGACACCUGAUGAGGACAGCGAUGAUGACGAGGCUGGUAACGACACCUUUGUUGACAUCAAAAAGCGAAGGCAGCCUCCGCAGCGUAGCGCCUUGGGUUCUCAUCCUCCGUUGAACGCGUCUGACCUCAAAUCUUCGGAUACCGUUGGGGAAGAGGACGCCACUCCCAAGCGGCCAUCACCAUUAAUCGAUCUUGGCAGAUUCGUGCAGUCCAAUUCGGGACAAGAGACUGCGGCAGUUACCACUUACGAUGAUGAGAUGCCUCUCGAGGAAGCCUGGAACGAACCCUUGUUCCUGGCUGGGUCUCCGGAUUCUUCUAUCGGCUCCCCGCUACCACAAUCGAGGGAUCCUUCGCCUGUGCGAGCUACGGAGAAGGAGGAACCAGUGAGCCCUGCUCGUUCCCUGUCUGCCCCAGAAUCACCGCCAUUCCCGCCGUCAUCUCCGCCAAGAGAGCCCUCACCGGUAGCUUCGCAGCGUUCGUCCCCAGCAUUGCACGCACCGACGCCGACAUUGGGAAUCUCAUCGCCUAUGCGACCGCCGCCGUCUUCCCCUGCCGUAAUCGCUUCGCCGGCAUUCCCUCCGUCUCCUGCUUUGCGUGCACCGACUCCGGGUGGCCCUAAUCCUUCGCCUAUGAAGGCCAGGGAGAGUCUGCGAAAGAGCGCUCAAGUCCGAUCUCAUGCUGGAAAGCGCCUGUCUGAGAGCUUGAGAAGUCCCUCCGUGGACCCUUCUGAGAUUCCUAACGGGAAAGAGGCCCAGCAAUCUAGACCGUCAUCGUCUCGACUUCAGAGCCCCUUCGCGGGAGCGCAGGCCGAGGAGCGCGUUGGCAGCCCGAAACAAUCUAUGAAGAAUCACGACCGCGGUAACUCGUCUGACGAGAGCGAGGAUGACUUCAAUCUGGAAGGAGACACGGUGAUUGUGGCGGAUGGCGAGGACUCUCUCGAGCUGCAAGACACGUAUGUAAACACCCAGGAGGCCGAUGCCAUGUCUCCUCCCCGCCUUAGCUCAGAGCCUCCUCCGGAGCUCCCUGUGCCUUCCGAGCCGACCCAUGACGUGGUGGACGGUGAUGCUCCGCAGUCCCGCGGACCAGGAGCCUCUCCUACCUCAAGCACCAAGACCAAGAAUACAAAACGCAAGGCCCGGAAGUCGGACGGAUCACCGGUGACUUUAGGAAGCGCGCCGGUCAGUCCUUCCUCCAGCAAGAAGUCUCUCAGGAAGAGCUGUAACACUAGACCUGUACAGGCUGAAGACGAUGGCGCCUCACAUGGUGCCAGCGAUGCCGAGCCAGAGCAGUCUACACGGGAGGAAUCGCGACUAUCGGCGAGGGAGGGUACGGCGGAGGAUCCUUUACUUCUGGAGCCCGCUCCACGUAGCGCCUCGAAAAUGCCUGCAACACGCAGCCGACAAAGUUGGUUGGACAGCGUUCGAGCGAGGUCAAACACUCCGGCCUCGCCUCUGGCCGAGAAGAAGAGCGGUGAGCCAGUGUCAUCGCUGGACCACUUCCUCGCGCUUGACCCGGCCCCCGAGCCCCAAGCAUCGCAUCUCGCUCCCCCGCAACCCUCCCCGCGACCGUCCCUGCAACCCUCGCCGCAAUCAGGAAAGCAUCAAGGGGCGACUGCAGACAUCCCCCGACCCCGAUUCUCGAUGUCACCCAGUAUGACCCGAGCUUGGCGGCCACAAGGGGAUUCUGAAGCCUCAAGCCGGGCUUCGCCUCCGCUUAUCCACCCUGUGGAGGCUGUUCAUGGAGUCGAGGUGGGACUCGAGGACACCGUUGCGCUUCCGAGUCUUAAUGUCAGCAACGCUGGAGAUCAGUCUCCGGGCGCUGGCGCGCCGUUCGAUUUCUCCGUCGAUGGGCCCUUCAGCGACAACGAUGAUUCCGAGGCGGAGGACGCCGCGAUCGUGCAAGUCGAGCACCGGGAGUUGUCGAUUCAAGUGCAAGACGAGGCAGGACUGGAGGCAUCUUUCGACCUCUCGGCGGAUACGGUGCGCGAAGUCGACCUCUCAGCGGACACGGUACGCGAAAUCGACAUUGACGACGAAGCUUCGGGUGGGUCUAACCCGACGCCUGAGGAGGAUGGCCAAGAACUGGACGAGCAGGCAGAGCAUGCGGGGAGUGAACCCGCGAAGAGCCAAUCUCGGUCACCUUAUGUUGCGGAUGAUUCUCCGCUGGCAGACGUCGUUAACGCUGCCCUAGAUGCCGGGAUGGUGAUUGACUCCGACGCCCAGGGCACCGAAGCAGUGAAUGUGGAACUGGAACGACAAGAGGCUUCACCUGCUCCUUCGACACCGGCGGAGGAUAGCUCAGAGGCGGAAUCCGACGACAUUCCGCUCAUGCCCUCUCGCUUGCGACGAAGUUUGCAUGCUGGCGCGACUCCGAUGCGUCCAAAGAUCCUCUCUGCAAAAGUGGCUCCGCCAUCGCCGCCCCGCGAUGAUAGACCAGUGACACCAGUUCGAGCCCCGCGCCCGCGGGUAUUGGAAUCGGCUGGUCGGACGCCCUCUAUGGUGCCCGGACCACCGUCGGCCGUGGCUUCGAGCCCCUUUGUUCGAGACUACUCCAGCCCGUUCAUGGUCAAACCGUCGGCCAGCCCCACCUCGUCGGCAGCAAAGAGCUCUGGUGGACGAUCCACUCGUAUGCAGCCCGAGAUCGUCGUUGAACCCAGCUCCCCUCUGGUUUCUCCUCCUUCAGUAACGCCAAAGUCCACCCACACGCGCGCCACACACUCCAUAGCGCAGGACGCUGGGGUCGUCAUCCCCCGAAGGGAUGUUGAGCCUCAAGGACAGACUGCGACCAGCUCGCACAGACAACCGCCGUCUCCUCCGUCUGUUCUCCCCACCUCAACCGAACGAGCAGUCAGACCGUUGCCUAUAAGGAAGUCUGUAGCUCCUACUCCUACUCGCCCUGCGCGAGUGAGUGCCACUCCGAUCCGGGAACCGGUGUCUGUCGAGCGCACAGUCUCCACGCCGAUCAUUGCGCCCACGCCUCGUGCCAUCAAACCCUUGCCACACAGGGGCAUGUCUGUCACCCCCCGAGCCCCCCAACAACAACAUGACGCUCCACAAUCCGGACCUCAUUUGCAUUCGCAACCUUCGUCACGCGCCAGCUCAAGGGCCAGGUCUAGAUCACCUUUACGGAACUUCAGCCCCAAGGCCAUCGGGACCGCCACCGCUAUAGCUGCGACAGCCUUAGCUGUUGCAGUACCGGCUGCUGCCUCGCCCAGCCCAGCAACUAUCCGCGCCCAGCUUUCGCCUGAACCCGAGCUCUCGCCAUUGGCUCAUUCCGCCGUGUCGUCACAACGUCCCGGUCAUCCUCACCUGGACACUUACCGCUCUCCUCCACGAUCAUCCCGAUCCAGUCGGCUUUCCGCUACGCCGUCUGCACACUCAACUCAGUCUGAACGCUCUCGAUCUCCAUAUGAACAUCAGGACCACAGCGAUCACGCCAGCAUAGCCAACUCUCGUCUCGCCUUCGCUUUAGCCGGUCUGUCCGAUGAAGAAGACGACUAUCUACCUGAGCCGCCCGUCAUUAGUGUGACACCAUUCUUCAGUCGGUCGUAUGAUCGUGCUCCUUCAGCAGCCUCUCAGUCAUCACCAGCUGCUACUCCGAAGCACAACCCGACGGCCGCUGCGCAGACCAACUUCGGAACUCAGCGCACGCCCAGCGUAACUGGGGCCAGCAAGGAAGCCACUCCGACACCUCGACCCGAGAUCAAGCUCACUACGCCUCGGCCGCUCGCCAAAGAGGGAGCAGCCAAGGGCACUCCUCUGGCCCGCGAUCAGCCAGCGCCGACCACACCUCACCUUCGUGUAGAAUCACAGUCAAAUUCCGUCACUCCUCUGCCUCGUGCACGAGCGGCUACCCACACCCCGCAAUCCAGUGUGAAGGGGAAAACGCCCGCAUCGGCGACUACACCAGCGUCUAGUGUCAAGGCUACACCGCAGACCAAGGCGUCUACGCCCCGGUCGAGCACCAAAGCGACGGCAUCUGCACCUCAAUCGAGCCAUAAGACACCCACCACCCCCGCUCCAGCGACCGUGGCGCCGACUCGCACUCCGCUGUCUAGCGUCAACGCCAGUGCCAGGCUUAGUGAGGCACGCACGCCUCAGCAAGUUAGCACUGCCAACCUGCAAGAGGCCGAGGAGGACCGCGACAUUGGCGCAGACGAUACCGUUGUUCACGAUAUCGGCGCCGAUGACACGAUCGACGGCGGCUCAGCGUGGGACCUCACUGCUGCCGACCUCACGUAUGAUGCUGGAAUGACCGCGUUCGACGCCCACGCCUUUAAGGGAGCUGACUGGGAUGUCACACGGAUCGAACGAGUGCCGCGCGGAGCUAGUGAGGAUCAUCGUUUACAGGACAUCGACGAGGCUUCUGAGGAGGACACUGCAUCACAGCCCAAGGAGGACUCGCCGCCUACGGCGGCGGCCAGCCUGCUUGCCGAGGAGUCACCUAUCAAGGAGCCACCAGCCAAGGCGCCGCCUGUCGAGGAGCCGCUCGCCGAGGUGGCAUUCGCCAAGGAGUCGUCCGCAGUGGAGCCGCCCGCCGAGGAGCCGUCAUCCCAGGAGUCGCUCAUGGAGGAGGAGCUGCCCGCCGAGGAGCCGCCUGCCAUGGAGUCGCCCGCGCGCCCCAGCACUCCUCCCCGUGCGCCCUCGGUGCCGAAGUCUCCAGUGCGCCAGUCACCUCGCUUGGCUGCGCGGAGGCGCGCGCAGACGCAGACCCAAUCGCCCGCUUCGAAGCCAAAGCCAAAGUCGACCCGAGUCAACGCACGAUCGCCAGUGACGCCACAGGCACCCAGUCAACCAGCUGCCCGGACCCCUUCUCCGAGCCGUGAGACCGCGGAGCAAAGCGUCGUCCCAACCGAGCCGGCUGCAGAAGAGCGCGAGGAUGCCGAUGCCGCCGCCCAGAAGGCAGAGCAGCCUGUUGCUUCUAAUCGCAAGGUGACGCUGAAGGUGGUGGCUCGCAUCGUGAAAGUGGAGAGCGAUUCGGAGGAUGAGGAGAUCACUGAAGUCAUUGAGACCUCUGAGCAGGAGCAAACGGAGGAGGAUCCGCCCGCCUCCUCUGAGCUUUCACCCGAGAGGACGCAGGAAGCAAACCGCCAGAUCAAGAGCGCGGCGCCGGCGCCACCGACCCCCCCUCCUGCACCUCCUCUUCCGGAGACUGUAUCGACAUCCAGCUCUGAGACCCGAGUCGAGAGCACUUUGUCUGCUCGUGAACAGCCGGCGGCUUCUGCCAAUACUGAGAGCAGUCGCGCCUCCCUUUCGCAGGCCAAGGGUAAGACUACUCAGACCAAGUCUAUUCCAGCAGGCUCCAAAAUUCCGCUUGCGACUGGCGGGCGAUCUCAGCCCCCGGUCAGGCCCGAGGCAUCAUCGUCCACUCGGGCUGAGCCUGCUGCGCUUACGCCCGUCCAGCCCACGCCAGUCGCAUCUACAUCUGCGGAUAAGGGUGCUUCACGGCCGGUCCAGAAGCCGGAGACGCCAAUCGGCCGUACUCCAGCAGAAGUCUCCGGCAUUGGUCGUACUCCAACUUCCUUCGUCAAAGAGCAGAGUCGUCAAAUUGAGCAGGCUCUGGGUCGCCGGCCUGCCGUCCCAAGCAAGCUCAGCAAGCAGGUGAUCCCCAGCUCUUCGCCUGCGGAGUCACCAGUGGCCGAGCGAACUUACUCCCGUCCCCAGUCUCGUGCAUCGCACGAGGGUCCGACCAGCCCUUCAACGUCGCGGCGGCGUCAGUCGGACGUUGCGGAAACCUCAUUUGCAUCAAGCUCGUCAUCUUCACGCCUUAAGAGACGCUUCGAGGACCUGAUCCCCAGCUCUUCGCCUGCGGAGUCACCAGUGGCCGAGCGAACUUACUCCCGUCCCCAGUCUCGUGCAUCGCACGAGGGUCCGACCAGCCCUUCAACGUCGCGGCGGCGUCAGUCGGACGUUGCGGAAACCUCAUUUGCAUCAAGCUCGUCAUCUUCACGCCUUAAGAGACGCUUCGAGGACCACUUCGACGACGACGACUCGGAGCGGUACGUGCACCGCGCCUCCUUGCACGAGGAGCUCACCGCCGCCUCGGACUCGGGCUCCGAGUUCGACCCCGAGUUCCCGUCCAUGGUGGCUGUUUCGUCGAUCGAUCCCCGAGCGGCUGCCAGGGCCGCCGCGAUUCUGAAGAUGCACCACCACUGGGUCGAGAAUGGCAUCAUGCCCGAUGGCUCCCGAGUGGGGACCCCUGGGCCGCAAGAGCGCAGCCGGGCUCGAUCUAUUGGUGCUCUGGAAACUCCGCAGACGACCAGGCCCCGCGGAGCCCACGAGACCCCUCACUCCCGCUUCUUUGACAGCAUUGAAAGUUCCCGCCUCAUCUCGAAGGAGGAGCUGCUUCAUGAGGCUGAGUUGGAGCUGGUGGGGACUUCGAAGUCUCGACCUGGCACCCCCUUCGCUGCCGACUCGCCUAUGCGUCACAUUCCGGGAGCCUGGGCUGCCACCCCUCGCGGACGUACGCCGAAGCGCAAGCGUGACUCGGACGAGCACACCGAAGGCGAGCCCCAGCCGACUCUUGAGACGCCCUUCCAGCCUCACCCCCGUUACGACUCCAGCACUUAUGAGGGCAACGUCGACGGCCGAUCAUGGACCAAGCGCGACUGGAAGUAUCUCGAGAAGACGUUCAAGUACCUCGCGUCGAAAGCGGAGGGUCCCGGCGUCAACUUUGAGGCCGUGGUGGACGCGUUCCUGAAGCAGACCGGGAAGGAGCCGGUGGGCGAAUGGAGCCGCGAAGUGCUUCUGAUGCGCGUGAGGGCCUUGGCGAGGAGGCACGGGAAAACGGAGGCAACCGAAGACCGCGAGCCCAAGCGGCAGAAGACAACGACCCCCGCCAACCCACCUCCGUCCACACUCCGCAAGGUCAUGGGGUGGCUAUGGCGCGGCAACACUCAACCUCAAGAGACUGCCGAGCCUGCAGCCGCCACUACCUCCGUCGCCAAGCCCAAGAAACAGAGACGUGACAAUGAUUUCUUACAGACACGGGACGACUCGUUCGAGAUCGGAGAGGUCACGAUGGCUGCCACACCCAGCCGGCCGCAAGAUCGCCGCCACGCAUCUCCUCCCUUUGAACGCGAGGAGGCGUACGAUGCGGAGCGCAGCUUUGAGGUCGAUCUCGAGCGCGGUCACCAGUCAUACGACAUUCCAUACGAGGAGGAAGAGGAGGACGAGGAGGAGUUUUUUCCGGAGCCGACGACGUACACCGCACGGGGCGAGCGAUCGUCGCCGGAAGAUCUACCCAGAUCUGCCGAACCUCAACUUCCCCAAUCGGCCGCACUCGCUAGCGUCCUCCACUAG